UCUGAGUCGAGAUAUAAAUAUAUAUGUGCAUAUAUUUCGAUUUUCAAUCGAACUCCUCUUGCUCUAUUUUGGGCAAUUGAGAUGGAAGCAACUGCGUGGAAUCUACCCUUGUGCGGAAUUCAUCACUGUUCUUUCAAAUUAGUGGAAGCUCAAUCUGGAAAACCCAUGUUUGGAUUGGAGCUUCCUCAAUCUUUGAAGUCCAGUAGCUCAUUUCGUCUUCGUUCGGGAGGUUCUUCGAAGCUGGAGCUGAAAUCCAGAUCGACGAGCAUACGAGUAUUGGCUUCGAGCUCUAAUUCUGUGUAUGAGUCUCCUGCGUCAUCGAAAAUUGAGAAAGACGAUGAUGGAGGUCUUGUUUGCCCUCCUGGUUACCGUCCCACGCCGGCUAAUCGCGAGCUGCGGACUCCUCACAGCGGGUAUCACUUUGAUGGGAGUACUAGGAAAUUCUUUGAAGGUUGGUACUUCAAGGUAUCAAUUCCACAGAAGAGGCAGAGUUUCUGCUUCAUGUACUCUGUUGAGAACCCCGCAUUUCCUAAGAAAUUAACAGCAGUAGACAUUGCACAACAUGGACCUAGAUUUACAGGAGUUGGAGCACAGAUUCUUGGUGCUUAUGACAAAUACAUAUGCCAAUACUCUGAAGAGUCUCAAAACUUUUGGGGAAGUAGGCAUGAACUGAGUCUGGGCAACAGUUUUGCAACUAAAGGAGGGUUUAAGCCUCCAAACAAGGAAGUCGAUCCGGAGGAGUUCAAUAAAAAGGUAGUGGAAGGUUUUCAAGUGACUCCACUUUGGCAUCAAGGAUUUAUUCGUGAUGAUGGCAGGACAAACUAUUUGGAAACUGUAAAAACUGCUCGUUGGGAAUACAGUAGUCGCCCAGUUUAUGGCUGGGGAAAUGUUGGAUCUAAGCAGAAGUCAACAGCUGGCUGGCUUGCAGCCUUUCCUGUAUUUGAACCUCAUUGGCAAAUAUGCAUGGCAGGCGGGCUAUCUACAGGUUGGAUUGAGUGGGAGGAUGAAAGGUUCGAGUUUGUAAAUGCCCCUUCAUACUCUGAAAAGAAUUGGGGUGGAGGAUUUCCCAGAAAAUGGUUUUGGGUUCAGUGUAAUGUUUUUGAAGGUGCUCGUGGAGAAGUUGCUCUUACUGCUGGGGGAGGGUUGAGACAACUUCCCGGAUUAACUGAAACCUUUGAAAAUGCUGCAUUGGUUGGAGUUCACUAUGAUGGAACUUUUUAUGAAUUCGUGCCAUGGAAUGGGACUGUUAACUGGGAAAUAAAUACUUGGGGCUAUUGGUAUAUUGCUGCUGAAAAUGAAACCCACAAGGUUGAAUUAGAAGGAAAAACAGACGAGCCUGGUUCACCCUUGCGUGCUCCUACAUCAGAGUGUGGCCUUGACACAGCUUGCAAGGAUACAUGUUUUGGUACAUUGAAAUUGCAAAUAUGGGAACGGAGGUUUGAUGGCAGCAAGGGCAAGAUUGUGUUGGAUGUCACGAGUAACAUGGCAGCAUUGGAAGUUGGAGGAGGACCUUGGUUUAACACAUGGAAGGGAGAGACUACAACCCCAGAAAUUCUUAAGCGUGCUCUUACAACACCUAUAGAUGUGGAUCAAGCUUUUAACUUGCUUCCACUAUUCAAACCCCCGGGCUUGUAGCUGCUGAUGCUCAUCACAUGCCUUACGGUGAAUUCAAUUGUCGAUUUCGUGUGAGUUCGAGCAACCUCUGUUACAUACAGUCUAGUCCUUGAACCUCCCCAAACGCCUUGCAACAGCUACUUGUCUAUGAAACGGUUCAGCUCAUUUUGAGUUAAAAACACAUGUGAAAACAUUUUGGGUAGACCUUAACAUUGCAUAGUAUAUAUAUAUAUAUGCAUAUAUAGUCAUCAAUUCUUGUGGAGCUUUAAUAGUUUUUAGGUGUAGGGGAGUAAUUUAUCGAAUAUAGCAAAAUAAACUCAAAUAUUUACAAAAUACGGUAAACUAACAAAUGUCGACUGGUUUCUAUCCAUAUCUAUCAAUUAUAGAUACCAAUAGAUGUUUAUCAAUGCUUAA